AUGGAUAGUGUCUCCAUGAGCAAAGCCGAGCUGGAAGCUGAGACCGUGAAGUACCAAGAAAAGGAGCAGAUCAAGACCCUCAACAACAAAUUUGCUUCUUUCAUUGAGAAGGUGCGAUUACUGGAGCAGCAGAACGAGGUGCUGGAGACCAAGUGGAACUUUCUGCAGGAUCAGAAACAUUGCAGGAACACCAUCGUGCCCAUGUUGGAGGCUUGCAUCGGGAACUUGAAGAAGCAGCUGGAAGCGCUGGGGUGCAACAGAGCCCAGUUAGAAACAUGCCUGAAAGCAGCCCAAGAGGCUGUGGAAACCAACAAGAAAAUGUAUGAGGAUGAAUGCAGCCAACGGAGUUGCACUGAGAAGGAGUUCAUUGCCCUGAAGAAGGACGUGGACUGCUUUUUCUUAAGCAAAGCAGAGCUGGGGGCCAAGGUGGGAAGGAUGGAAGGAGAGUUUGACUUCCUCAGGUUGCUCUAUGAGGAGGAGAGCCACCAGCUGCAAGUCCACAUCUCAGACACGGCAGUGGUUGUGCAGAUGGACAACAGCCGGGAUCCUGAUCUGGAUGGCGUUGUUGCCAACGUCAAGGCUCACUAUGAGGACACUGCCUGCAGGAGCAGGGCAGAAACUGAAGCUUGGUGUAAAGGCAAGUUUGAGGAGCUGCGAGUUACUGCAGGCAAAAAUGCUGAUAGUCUGCAAGAGAAGAAAAGAGAGGCGGCCGAGCUGACACGGGUGGUCAAGAAACUGAGUGGAGAAGUCAGGAGUGCCAAGGAGCAGUGCUGCAAACUGGAAAUGGCCGUGGCUGAUGCUGAGCAGCACAAGGAAACGUCCAUCAAGGAUGCAAAGAGCAAACUUAUCAAGCUGCAGGCGGCUCUGCAGAAGGCGAAGCAGGACCUGGCCCGGCAGCUGCGCGAGUACCAGGAGCUGAUGAACAUCAAGCUGGCCCUGGACAUCGAGAUCACAACCUACAGAAAGCUGCUGGAGGGUGAGGAGAGCAGGCUCUGUGCAGAAGGAGGCAUCCCUGUCAACAUCUCUUUGCCUUCCACAGCUGUCUGCCAUUCCCAAGGACGUCUCGCCUACAGCCCAGAACCCAGCUUUGCUGGGUCGGCCAAUGGAAGCUCACGCAUUAGGAGUGGGAGCACCCACAUGAAGGUUGUGUCUGUGGGCAAGUCAACUGUGUAA